AAAUAUUUCCAUCCGGUUUUUCACAAAAACCCCAUAAUUAUACUCACAAAAGAAGUUGAAGAAAUAAGGGAGAAUCAAAGAUGGUGUGUGGGUGUAGCCUGAGUGAUGGCCACCAUCAUGUUGAUGGGGAUUUUAAGAAAGGGUUUCUUGAGAAUAGAGAGAAAGAAACAGGAGUUGAAGAAAAAGAGUUAACUCCGGUGCAAGGAGAACUCGUGGAGGCUUUGGUGUGGUUCAAGGAGAGAAAUUUUACUACAAAAGAGUCUUUGAAGGCUAAGAUCAGCACCAUGGCCAGUUGCAGUGCCCAUCAAUCUGUGAACCCACCUGGGUGUUUUGUACCCAAGAAGAGGAGAGCAUGUGGAGAUGGGUUUCUUUCCGUGAAAGGCCCCCUAAGUAAUGCUGUUGAAGAAGCCAAAAGUACUGUUACUUCCACUGUUGAUGAAUUAAGGCUUUCUUCCAAGAAAACCCAAAGUUGUCCUGAUCAAGAAGAUGCCAUGAGUACUAAUAGCAGUGUUGAUGGAGUUGAGAACACACUUGGCAUUGUCGUACCCAUGGAAAAGAGGGGAAAUCGAAAGAGCAAUGUCAAGAAAAGCCAUUAUCAUCACUACGUUUGCUCUCAUGUAGAUGGUCUGAAAUUAACGAUUGAGAGGCAAGAAGAGAAAAAAAAUGCAGCUGGAAAAAACCCGAUCUUUAAACUCCAAAGGAUCGAGAAUGAGGAUGGUCAAGGAGAGAGACCAUCUGAGAAAAGAAAGAAGAUGGGAAGGGUAGAUUUCAAUAAGUUAGGUUUGGAUCCUGCACCCAAUUUCUCUUCCCAAAUUAAAGACCGGAUAGAUCAUCAAGAUGGCCGUGACAGUGAGAUCAAGUUAAGGAUCAUGAAGCAAGUAUUCAAAACUGAUAUGAAUAUGCACCACGACCGUUUCCCAAUGCCUGUGAAUCAAAUAAAGGAUAUCAAAGAUUUUCUGAAGGAAAACGAGAUCGAGGGCACAGAAGUUAAACUUGUGGAAAUGGGUCUCAAAGAUGAUGAUAUUCAUCAAAGUACAAUGAGAUUGAGGAAGUGCCACAUAAACUCCAAUAUCUCCUAUGUGUUAGCCUCCAACUGGAGUGGUUUUCUGAGAAGAAACGAGGGUGCACUAAAGGAGAAUGACAUUGUGCAAGUUUAUUCCUUUAGGCGUGAUGGGAAGCUCUGGUGUGUCCUCAUCAAGAUUAUGGAUGCAGAUGAUGUUGCCAGGAGUACUGCCGCAUCCGAGAGAAGUACUGCUCAAGAGAAUAACAAUGGGGAUCAUGGUACUGUAGCCGGACAGGCUUUUCACCGGAGUCAAGCCAGUGAGGAAGGUGCCAGAAUUAGCCAAGCAUAGAGGAGACGAUCAUCCAAGGGGACAAUAUUGUUAUGGCAUUGCUAGCUAAUUUGUUAGCUUAAUUAAUUUUGUUUCAUGUUUUUCUUUCUCUGCACUAGGA